CAAUAGAAGAAUAGAUAUUCAGGUUAUAACCAUUCCGAUCGCCACUCGGUACUGAUUUAUCUCAAUUCACUCGCCUAUUUUAAUAUGGCAUUGUGUGUGAGUGCAUGCCGUUUAAAAAGUCGCAUUGCGUGCAUUAAAACGGCAAGAAAGUGGAACGUACGGCAUCAUUAUGCGCCGGUCAAAGUAUGAGAUUAUCACCGUGAUCCUUCUAUUAAACUGCACGUUAUUGGCCUGUGCAGUACGCAAACGUUCACCACUCGAACACGGCUCUGCCUCGCUGUUCAAUCUGCCCUCUCAUCUUCCCAAAGAUAAUAUCGAAAGAGCUCAACUAAAAGCAUCCCUUGACAAAACGGAAGGGAAGAACUCCUACGUCUGGGUACCAGGUCACGUGUAUCAUCACGCUUUCAUUCCUGGACAUUUGCAUCAUGUAUUCGUGCCAAGAGUGGUGGUGGCCAGAACGUUGUUCCUGAAUCGGGAAAACGGGGAACAUCUUUAUGGAGGUUUCGGUGUGGGUUCUUCGGUUGGAGGCCAAGGAGCCGGGCACGGAUAUCAAAUUGUAUUUAAUAAUAUUUAGAAACUGUAAUUUUUUAAAUAAUUUAUUUUUUAUUUAACCCAAAAGAAAAAUAGUUGGACAAUUGUAAAAUUAUGAAGUAAAAAAAUAAAUGUAUUUGUACAUAAUUAAUUGCUAAUAUAAUUAUAUUAACUUGAAAUUUAAACGUUUAAAAGCAGAUUACAAGAAAGUGGAACAACAUUUAAAAUAUUAUGUAUGUGUCUAAAGUAAAAGGUUCAAAUGUUGUUGCGCAUUUGUUAUAAUAUUUAUAAUUUUUAUAACCGU